UUCUUCUAUCUCAUUCAUCUCUAUCUUUGCAUUUACAUACAUAGGUGCAUAAACUAGCCCCCCCCCCCUCUCUCUCUCUCUCUAGGUUUUUUUUUACAUUUUUUCUACACUAUAGUUUGCAGUUUGCACUCUUCAAUGCUUUUGUUAUUCUUGAGGUUCUCAUAGGACAAGGCAACUACAAAUCCUGCAAAGAAGUUGUCAAAAAUGUUUGAAUUUUUGAAGAUUUUGACAGAUAUAUGUAAAGUUUCAUAUGGUGGCUCUGUUUGAUUUAUGUAAGGUUCCUAUGCUUAUUAAGACAAGCAUUUUCUAAUUGUUUUCUAAAUGGAGAAUGAUGUGUACACUGCUCAAAUGAACAUGGAAGAUAUCACACAACAUCUAACACAAAAGCCACUCAUUCAUUACUAUUCAUUUGACCUUAACAACCAAAACAACAUCAUAAAUGGAAUUCCAAUACUUUCUGGUGGAGAACAAGAUCAACAUGUUGAUGGUAGUUUCAUGAAUCAAGUUACCAUAGCUGAUAAUUCAUUUGUUACAUCACAACAAGGAAGGACUAUUGUGGAAAAUCCCUCAAAUCUCAUUGUUAAUAACAAUGACUUUUCGGUUCCGGCUAGAAUCGGUCUUCAAGAAAAUUUAGAAGCAAUAGUUCCAUACAUAUUCAAUAAUUGGCAUGAUACUUCAAACUCAAACCCUUUGUGUGCAACUUUUGGUGAUAAUAAUAGCUAUGUUAACAAGUUUUUGAAAGCUCAAGAGAGUAAUGUUGGAACCGAAUUCAUGUCAUAUUCGCCGAUAGGGAACAUUGAUCCAAAUGGAUGGCAAUCAUCAAAUGUUGCUAACUUAACGAAUCUCGCUUAUAGUUCCUCGAAUUGUAGCAAUGAGCUUUCACUAAGUCUUGCAACAUCUCCAACUUCAGUUCAAUGCUCAGAGAUUAGUUGUUCUGACUUAACUCAUAGCAUGAAUGGAACAAGAUCAGGUUUGGAACAAGCCUCAUGUAGUAGUAUGGAACUUUCUAUGAGUUUAGGGAAUGAUAAACAUGUCAAGUUUUCGCCCGCAAUAUUAGGAUCAAGAUACCUUGCUGUAAUUCAGGAAAUACUUGUUCAAAUUGCAACAUUUUCAUUUGAAAAUCUUGAUGAGAUAAACUAUUCCGGUUCUGGUGUUAGAGGCCGAGGAAAUAAAUCAACUUCGUCAAACACAACCAAGCGAAGGAUAGGAAUAAAUCGCGACGAGAGUCCUAUGUCAGAAGCUUAUGCUGAUUCUUCAUUGCAAAGGCAUGCUGUUGAAUCAAAGCAAUCUCAACUCUUGAUGCUUCUACAGAUGGUGGACAGUCAAUAUAGUCAAUGUUUGGAUGAGAUUCACACUGUCGUAUCUGCAUUUCAUGCUGCUACUGAGCUCGAUCCACAAAUACACGCGCACUUUGCUGUCAAAACGGUUUCUCGACUAUAUAAGGACUUGAGAGAGAGGAUUAGCAAACAUAUUCUUUCCAUGGGAUCAAAUUUUAACAGUUCAUGGUCAGAAGAGGAUAAGGAAUUAUCUGUUGAAACUUCAUUCAUUCAAAAGCAAUGGGCUCUUCAACAGUUGAAAAGGAAAGAUCAGUUAUGGAGGCCCCAAAGGGGCUUGCCAGAAAGAUCUGUUUCCGUUCUACGUGAUUGGAUGUUUCAGAAUUUCCUCCAUCCGUAUCCUAAAGAUGCAGAGAAGCAUUUACUUGCAAUAAAAAGUGGGUUGACUAGAAGUCAGGUAUCAAACUGGUUUAUUAAUGCGCGUGUUCGGCUAUGGAAACCAUUGAUUGAGGAAAUGUAUGCUGAAAUGAAUAGAAGAAAAGCUUGUCGAAAUGAAGGAGAAAAUGAGAGCAGUGAAAGAAGCAGGAUAAGCAUUAACAAUCAAAUGUUUGAUAUGAAUUGAAGGUGAAGAAAGUAAUAUAUUAUAAUAUCUUGCUAUUAAUUUUGGAUCAUGUAAGAAACACAAAACAUGAAUUGUGUAUAUUGCUCUACUUAGUGAAGCAUUACUAUAUUAUAUGAGGAGUUAAAAUUCUCUUAAAAAA